AUGCCGACGCCUUCAUCCAACCCGCCUCCCGACCCGCACUCCCCCCGAUCGCACAGCUUCUCGACAUGUCCUGAAGACAGCAGCUCAAGAUCCCCACAACGCAGUUGGCGUCCGCCUACCGAUGCAAACGAGGGCCCUGCAGAGAUGGAUUCCCAUCACAACCAAGACCGCAUGGACGAGGACAUAUCCCCCGUCCCCUUCAGCCCAAUGUCCCCGGUCGAGGGCAUCAGCACCGAAGUCAUCCUCGACGACGAGCCCACCUCCGCCGUCUCGUCUCGGUCGACAACGAUGUCGCCAAGGCCGCAAUCGGGAGAUACCGCCCAUUCAACGCCUGGUGCCGACGCGGAGUCCUUGAAGCACGGUGAAUCAGAUGAGGAGGGCAUCUCGGCUGGUGAUAGGCCGCGAGCCUCCCGUGCCGAUGGUUCAAGGCGGCACGAUGCAAUGCAAUCGCCGACAACACUACACAACGAGAAGAACAUGGAUAUCGAUGCCGAUGACGUGUGGGAAGAGGAGCUCAUGGCACCGUCCAUGGGUUCGGAGUAUUCGAAUAUGCGCAUCAUUCCAUCAUCACCAUCAUCAUUCCUGCGACCAGGAAGCAAGUUCCACGGUACACAGCAAUCCGAACGGCAAGUCUACGACGUCCAGGUCGAAAUCAAGCACGUCGAUCUGCGGGAGUCUUUCCUAUGCGGCUACCUCCGUAUUCAAGGGCUCACCGAGGACCACCCAACGUUGACGACGUACUUCGAGGGCGAGAUCAUCGGCACCAAAUACGGCUUCAACACGAACCACGAGAGCUGGGGCGCCACGGACAAGAUCGACCUGAAUCACUGGGCCAAGUUCAACGCCUUCCGUCCCUUCCAGAAGCAGGCGCGCAAGGGCCCUGUGGUGAUCCGCGACGUCGCCCAGCGAGAAAACAUCUUUAUGCGCUGGAAGGAGCAUUUCCUCGUUCCCGACCAUCGCGUGCGCACCAUUUCGGGUGCCAGUUUCGAGGGCUUCUAUUACAUCUGCUUCAACCAGGUCAAGGGUGAAGUGAGUGGUAUCUACUUCCACUCCAAGAGCGAAAAGUUUCAGCAACUCGAGCUCAAGCACGUGGAGGACAGGGGCUGCUUCGGCGCCAUGGAAUUCAGAUAA